AUGUCGGAGGCCGGCCGCCGCGGAGCGCGGGAGAAGCUCCGGGAGGCGGCCUGCAACGCCGUUGCCGGCGGCUUGGCAGGGGUGAUCUCCGCGACGGUGUUGUGCCCACUGGACGUGAUCAAGACGCGGCUGCAGGUCUAUGGCCUCCCUUCCAACUUCUCUGGCGCACCUCCUCCUGGUAGGGUGAUUAUUUCUGGUUUUCAGCAGAUAUUAAAAAAUGAAGGCUUGCCUGGGCUGUAUCGUGGCCUUUCUCCAACAAUUGUAGCACUGUUUCCGACUUGGGCUAAGCUGGCAACUGAAACCUGUUGCAUUUCUCCUUUGGAGGUGACGGCGGAGCUGUUCCUUGCCUCAAGGUCUGAAGAUGAAGCAGACUGCAGAUCCGAGCAGGAAUGGCGUAUGAAGUUUCUCUUUGUCUCCCUUUGGGCGAAGAACUAG